AUGACCAAAAAAAAAAGGAGAAACAAUGGUCAUGCUAAAAAGGGCCACGGCCACGUGCAGCCAAUUCUCUGUAUGAGCAGCGCACAGUGCGUGCCCAAGGACAAGGCCUUUAAGUUCAUCGGCCAGAACAGUGUAGAGGCCGCUGCUGUCAGGGACAUCUUUCCCAAGCUCUGUGUCAAGCUGCAUUACUGCGUGAGCUGUGCCAUGCAUAGCUGGGUGGUCAGGAAUCGAUCCCCUGAGGCCGUGAAGCCAGGAAGAACGGAGCACGCCCACCACGGGUCUAGACCUGCUGGUGCUGCACCACGACCUUCACCAAAGCUCAUGUAA